AUGACCACCCGCUUGAAAGAGCUGGGCGCGCAACAACCCCCAGUAUUCAGGAUAAACCUCUCCAACCCCCCAGAAGAGCGGUACACAGCUCUUGCCCAUCUCUACAAAGACCGAAUGCGCUCCGUGACGAGCAUAUUUGACGACGUGAUCCACAAUCUCUCCCCAAAAAUUCCAACAAAACCAAUCCACUGGCUUGCACGACUCUUCCUACGCAGACUCUACACAGACGAAGAAACAGCCGAGAUCCGCGGCAUCAGUCGGGUAACGGGCAUCCCCCUCUACCUUCUAAUCUGCCUGAAUGUGGUUCUGGAUCUAUUAAUGGGAUGCACGAGUGGCGGUGUACGAAUGCUUGACGGACUCUGGACACGAAUGAUCCACUUCCGGACCUUGGACUGGGGAAUGGAUCCACUACGCUCACUGAUCGUGCAGCUUGAAUUCGUGCGUGACGAUGCGCCGGAUAAAGUGCUCGCAACGUGCAUCACGUAUGUGGGCUUUGUGGGGAUUCUCACGGGUGUGCGGAAAGACCUUAGUGUUUCGCUCAAUUUCCGAGCUGUGCAUGACUCCAGUCGGAAUAUGGGGUUUUACUUCAAUUAUUUGCUUGUUUUGCUCGGUUUGCGACAAUCUAUUACUUCGCUGCUACGGCAGUGUGUUCUUCCCAGUGUGAAGGCGGAGGGAUCGACGAGACUCUCGAAUACUUCCACUCUUGAGGAAAUCCUGGAUGAAGUGCCUUGCUUACGUACGACGGCUGCGUACCUGAUUUUCUGUGAUGGAAGUAGCAUUGUUGCGAUGGAAAAGGACUAUGAGACUGCGUGUUGGCGCAGGUCGAGUUCUUUCCUUAUCAAAACCAACCAUGACGAGGAACCGAGCUUGGUCAUGGAUGAGGCUAUCGUGAAUGACAGAGGAUAUGCGGGCCUGCGUAUGUCAAAUGGCAUGCAGAGCAUGGCGGAGAUUAUCGAGGAGAGUAAAGAGCGGCAAGCUUCGAUGCAGGAAAAAUGGGAUCGCAGAGUGCGGGAUCAUGGAUUUUUCCAACAACAACUCAAGAAGCGGAGAAUUAAAGAGGUUGCUAUUCCCCGUUCACAGUCAAUUCAUUUGAAGUGGAAACGGAAUACGAAGAUCGGGGAAGAUCUUGAGUCUAAGGUGUCGGUUACUCUUGGGACAGUGCUUGGAUGGCUUUGCUCGGACCCAAUUGUUAAUGAGGAUACCCAUUACGCUGUGUUGAUGGAUCCUGUCGAAGGCCGGUUUAUCUAUUCAGGCCAGUUUCCAGCUCAGGUCUCAUAA